AUGGACACAAUCAAGAAAGUCCUCCACCCAAACCGGGAAUCACCGCCCCAAAAAGAUAACCACCCACCGACCUCGGAACAACAGCCCCCACCAGGAACCCGCCCAGAUCACGAGACCCUACCAGACAGCCUAGGAAGCGAGCCCAACGCCACAGGCACCACUGCCGCGGCAGGGGACCAGCCCAAGAUCAACCGCGGCCAACACCAACCGCGCCAGCCCGUCGGCGCGGCGGGCAGCUCGGGCCCGGACGCCACCGCACUCGAUGCUAGGGCGCGGGCCGAGGCGGACAACAACUUCCCCGGGACCAAUCCUCACCCUUCGCAUUCGGCUUGA